AGAUCCAGCGGAACCAAACUGACACGGACCCGCUAACGGCAGCGUGCUAACAGGUUAGCCGGGACAGCAAGAGGAGGACUGUUUAUGGAAUAGGGUUAAAAUCCUGAGGGUUUUUUUGUAUUUUAUUUUACUUUAACCACAAAUUUAUUUAAGUAUGCCAAGCAAAAAGAAGAAAUAUAACGCCAGAUUCCCUCCGGCGAGGAUCAAGAAGAUCAUGCAGACAGAUGAAGAAAUAGGCAAAGUGGCUGCAGCAGUCCCUGUUAUUAUCUCGAGAGCUCUGGAGCUCUUUCUGGAGUCAUUGCUUACGAAGGCCUGCCACGUCACCCAGUCCAGGAACGCAAAGACGAUGACGACAUCGCAUCUAAAGCAAUGUAUCGAGCUGGAGCAACAGUUUGACUUUUUAAAAGACCUGGUGGCAACGGUCCCGGACAUGCAAGGCGAGGGGGAGGAGAACCACAAUGAGGGGGCAGGAGAAAAGGUCCCACGCAGGGGCCGAAAGCCAGGAUCCGGUCGCAAGAACGGGGGAGCUGGCUCCAAAGGGAAGGACAAGAAGUUGUCAGGAACCGAGUCGGAGCAAGAGGAGGACUCCGAAGACAGCGAGACAGACGGGGACGAGGACGACGGCUCUCAGUCAAGCACAAACCAGCAGGCCACGUCCAUGUUCCACAGCUCAAACCCCCCCUCCCAGUUGGUGCACAUGGGCAACAUGGUGCCGGCAGCCAUCUUGCCUCCAGCACAGGCCCCGAGCACCGUGGCCUUCGCUCCUCAUCCUUCCAUGGUGAGCAUCGCGCCGCCCCCCCCAGCGCCCGUGCCGCACAAAAACGAGGACGACGACGACGAAGACUACGACUCUUAGCUGCCCCGGACUUCCUCUCUUUAUUUCUCCCUCACACAGACGCGUCUUUCAGCAUUAUUUUCCCAUUCUUAAGUUGACUCUUUGGCGGCUGCUCCAGCAGUGAAGAGAACUCCUCUUCAUCACAGCCAACCGGCAGAAAAGCUGUAAGAAACAAAACUUGUUGUAUAUUAGGUGUUUUAAUUUUU